AUGCUGGUUUGCGACGAAGCCGACCAAGACGACGACCGUUGGUCAGAUGCUGGUCUCUCUUCGAUCGAAGGCGCAGUAAGCAACGCGGAAAGACGCAGCAGAACCGGCUCAGCCACAAACUCUCCUCCUGGAACUGGUAAUAGCAAACGAAACGUCAAUGGCAGGAGCAGGAGAUUGCUCUCUUUGGAACAGUCGAAAGUGCUCUACAAGAUUCUAGACAAGACACACUUUCCAUCUACACAGUCGCGUGAGGCUGCCGCUUCCCAACUUGGUGUUUCUCCGCGAAAAGUCCAAGUCUGGUUCCAAAACAGACGUCAAGUGGGUAAGAAAAGAAUGAUGGAGGCGGUGCAAUCCUUGCUCUCGGCGUAUCCAUGUUCGCCCUCGACACCGCUUCUCUCGUUCGACAUUGUGCAGGACCUGUUGCGAUCGACGGGAAAGAUGCGAUUUUCGUCCAACGAGGAUGAACGAACACGCGCGUGGCGUCAGCACACGAUGCGUCUUGCGCUCAACCCUUCGGCGCAGGAGGAGGCGGAGAGCAAGGCUGCGAUUCGCGAGCUCGAGAGAACAAGUGGGGGAUCGGCUCGAGAGAUUGGCUGUCGAGGUCCGCACGAGCAGCGCUACUAUUCGGCUCAACGGCAUGAGCGUGAGCAGCAAGUGUAUCGACAGCGUUCGGCAACGCAUUCGCACGGUAGUGGUGGGUAUGCGCGUGGACGUGAGCGCGAUGGUGCGACAGACUCGGUCGCUGCAAUCUCAGCUCAGGCUGCUCGCAACUCAUACGAGUGCGAGCUCACCGAAAACGAUCGACGUCGAGGGCUCGCGAGAAUUCGAGCUUCCCGAUCUGCUGCUGCGCUUCGGAUCAACGUCCCCCACCUCGCGCCUCAUCCAGCCACCAACCAGCUCUUGCUGGAUGCACACACUCCUGCUACCGCUACCAUUUCGACUCCCACCUACACCGGUCCGGGGAGUGCGACACAUCUCGAAACGUUGUCGGCUCGCAGCAGUCACGCUACAUCGUUCCUUCCACCUUGCACUCUGAUGCCACCGCUCACACCUGUACGAUCUGGCGUGAUCGCACCGGCUAUCGUGACAAGUCAAAAGGAAAGCUUCAGCCUUCCCGCUCUUCACCAACACCAUCACGCUCUGUAUCCUCCUCCCUUCUUGCAGCAAGAGUACUCGCACCGGCAUUACUCUGCGACAGCUACCGCACAGCCGCAGCUUGCGGCUCAACCGCAUGCGCGACGCGCCACUCCACCCGAACAUCAGCUACGCACCAGUGCGCAAGUAGGCGAGAUGAGCUUGGUUCGACGCGAUCGACGCGAUCGAAGCGCCACAUUUACCAGUGCGCGCUCGCUAGCAUCGUGGCCAGAUAACGGAGCGGGGAUCAAGCAAGUGCGCACCACGUUGACUGCUGAAUGGCACGCGCAGCAGCGAAUGCUCCACCAUGAACUCAAGAAGCAUACCACCAGUCGGAGCACAUCGCCGCCUCACAAUGCUGAUACGCAAACGCAGAGUGCAGCACCGAAAGCGUCUGGGAUGAGGUACCGUUCGUCGACGGAUGCCGUGUCGCGGCUGCCGGUGCUGGUGUCGAGUAGGAGAGCGCACCAGAGGUACGCGCCGUACGAUGUACGCACGACCAAUAUGCAGUCGCAGACACUGCCACCGAUGCGUACAGGAGACGCGCGUCGAGAUGACAUGCAAGCUCAGAGUGGCACGCAAAAAAGCGGUACGAGCCACUCGAUCUGUGCUCAUCCGGCGAGCAUGUCGCCUCAAAGUAGUGAUUCGGUUUCCGACGAUCAUGUUUCUCGUCAUGCUGAGCAGCCAAGCGAGUCGACAGGCUGCAGCGCUUUGCGUGCUUGCUCUCGCCGUACCGCCAACACCGCCUCGCCCAUCCGUACUGCCGCCGUCCACGUCUGCGCAUCCUCGUCCCCGUGCCUAGGCCCCGAUGCAAGCCAACCCACACGUCGUCGAUCCAUCGCAUACGCUCCAGCCUCGCACGUCUCGCGCACGAAUCUGCAAGAUUCCUCAACAGAGCUUCGUCCAGAACAAACGCACUCGAGAUGUCACAGAAUGGACGUUCGCUCACUCACCAACAUCGACAUCAACAUCGACAUGGUCGGCGCCGGUGCAAAAGCUAAAGCUGAAACUGAAACCAAAACCAAAACUAAAACCGAGCUAGAAUGA